UUUCCCUCUCCUCUCCCACACAGUUCCAAACACAUGUAAGGUCGAGUUGUAUAUAUAAAGCGUAAAGCAACCAAGUUAGUCCCUCAGUAAUGGUGGUUCCUCUUCAUCCUGUUCAGCUGGUUCUGGUUGUUCGUUAACCUUUCUCCAUCAAAGCACUUCUCGUCUGGGCCCCCAUCAAUAUGGGCGAAAACAAAGGCGAUCCCACCAAGAAACAGCCACCACAGCCGCAGCAGCAGCAGCAACCACAUCUCUCUUCCCCUUCUCCUACAGAUCCCAGCGAAGAGUCGUCUGAACCCAGAAAACAACCGACGCCGACGAAGCCGCCGUCGGCCGCCGUCGGGGUCGCCGGUAUUACUACUUUUGGCCCAUCUUCUUUAUACAUCCCAAUUACCGUUUCAAGUUCAGCUACUUUUGAGCAACAGCAGCAACAGUUUGAAGCCCUGAAUCCAAAACGGCCCAGAUACGCAAGCGCUCAAUGGAAGCCCUUGCCGUCUCCAUCUCAACAAAUAAACGUUCCCGGCGCCGGGGAGUCAAGUCCAUCGCCAUCCACCCACGCCGCUGCCAAUGUCGCCGCCGUUUCAUCCUCCGACACGGCCUCGUCUCCAUCCCACUCUCCGCGCCCUUCGCUCUCCGCCGCCUCCGGCCAAGAAACGAGCAAGCCGGAGGCGGAGCAAUUCCACCACCAGUUCAGAAAGGGCAAGUACGUCAGCCCCGUUUGGAAGCCCAACGAGAUGCUGUGGCUGGCUAGAGCUUGGCGGAUUCAGUACCAAGGCGGCGCCGAGCCUCAAGACGAAGCUCUGGCUGCCGGAAGCGACACGCCAGCUUCGAUUGCAGCAACCAGAGGGAAGACUAGGGCGGAUAAAGAUCGAGAAGUGGCCGAGUAUUUGAACCGGCAUGGAAUUAAUAGAGAUGCAAAGACGGCUGGGACGAAGUGGGACAACAUGUUGGGUGAGUUCAGGAAGGUUUAUGAAUGGGAGAGAGGUGGGGAGAGAGAGCACGUCGGCAAGAGCUAUUUCAGGCUUUCACCUUACGAAAGGAAGCUGCAUAGGCUUCCAGCUUCGUUUGAUGAAGAAGUCUUUGAAGAGCUUUCUCAGUUUAUGGGGUCUAGAAUGAGAAUUCCCCCAAGCAGAGCCACCAUUAUUUCCUGCGGCGAUGACAGCCGGUUAUCUCUCACGCCGGUCAAAACCAUGCCUCCUCCCCCUCCUCUUAGAGAAGAAGAACUCCCUCUCUCUGGUCUACCUGCAUCGUCAUCUUCGAAAGAAUUUCGUCGAAUUGGUAAGGUACGGAUGAUUUGGGAAGAAUCAGUGAGCUUGUGGGCAGAAGAAGGCGAACACCACCGCGGAAGAGUGAAGCUUCAGGGCUCAAACUUUCUGAACGCAGAAGAGCUCACUUUCUUAGACGACUCCAUGGUUGCUUGCACCAUGGAAGUCUUUGAAGAAGGACCCUUAAAAGGCUUCUCGGUUGACAGAUUCGUUCCCGGGCAGCAAGUCAAAGUUUUUGGCAGAAUAAAGUCUUCCCCAACUCCUGCUCCUUCGGGUUCCAGUGAAAGAACUCAGCUUCCUCUCGUAGAACCCUUUUUGAGAUCGAUCCCUCCUUUGGAACAUCAAGAUCCAACCGAAUACUUUGUGGGUUGUCUUCGAGUUCCACCUCCAACACUUCCAAGCUUGUUCGAACUUUCGUGGCACCUGCAAGAGCCUCCGCCGGAGGAGCUGCGUUUUCCGGUCAGGAAGGACGUGUACAGGGACCUGCCACAAGGAAAAGAACAUUUCUUUACCAUUUCUUCCGAAUUGUUAGAUUGCAGAGGCAUCGCAUUUGACUUGCUAAGCCCCAUUAUCCGAUUAAACCCUAGUUUAAGCGGGGCCACCGCCUCCAGCAGGGACUCAUUCAUCGGCCUUUGGGACGAUUGCAUCAACAGAACUGUUUCCAAAUUCUGUUCCAUGGAAAUGAUCAUGGUUCGGAAGCCUUCCACAUCAGAAACCAUUCUUCAAGAUCACUGGCCUAACCUAACUGGAUUCGUGAGAAAUUUUUGCCUGUGGAGAGGAGAAGAGGUUGAUCAACUCAGGGAAGGUGAGCCUGAUCCUUCAUCUUCCAUUGUCGAGAAGCUUUUCUGGAGCUACCUGGAUCUUCCUUACAUACUGGGCUACUACGCCGUCGGCUAUACGGUGACUUUCUGUGCUAUGAGUCGAUCUCAGGACCGAGUAAUCCGAACCGAUCUAUUAACCCUAGACCUAUCCACGCCGCAAGAGAGGCUGAAAGCCCUAAUUCCGUGCUGGAGAAUCGCAGGCCUAUUGCCAUUGUUAGCCGACCGGUGCUACAACUACGUCAGCAAUAGCAACACCUACAAAGUAUUCCCUUACAGCGAUUUCGAGAGGAUCGAUUUGGGUAAAGGAAACGCCAUUGAAAUGACGCCAAUCACAGUAACCAGAAUCUUCUCGAGCAGAAGGAAAUGGGUGGCGGUGAAAGAGAUUUACGACUUUCUCGACCUCCGAAUCCCACACGCCGAAUUCAUAGUCAGAUCAUCGGAGAAAGAUUUAUCGCUGGUAUUCAAGCCGAGGGGCUGCAAUCUCAAACCCACGAGCUGGGAUCAGCUCGUUGAGGCUCUCAAGCACGUAACCAAGGCUUUAGUUGCAUUGCAUGAUCUCUCCUUCAUGCACAGGGACUUGAGCUGGGAUAAGGUGAUGAGAAGAAGCGACAGGGAUAACGAGUGGUUCGUGGCGGGGUUCGAGGAGUCGGUGGGGGCGCCGCAGAUAUACCCGCACGCGGCGGCUAGUGGGCGGCACGCGCCGGAGAUGAGCCGGGGGCUGCACGGCGUGAAGGUGGACGUAUGGGGCGUGGGGCAGCUGGUGAAGAGCUGUGGGUUGGUGGGUGUCCCUAAGCUGCUUAGGGAGCUGCAAAACAGGUGCUUGGACCACAACCCAGAGCAGCGGCCGACGGCGGCUGACUGUUACCACCACCUGCUGCAGCUGCAGUCAUCUCUCUCGACCGCCGCAGCCGCCGGCGGUGGGUAUUGAAUUGAUGCGUGAUUGAUACAUGCAUAGGAAUCUGCAACUCAAGUCACAAAUCAGUUUUUGGUUCGGCUUUUAUGCUCCGCAGCCCUUUCAUAGCCUCCCCCUAUAUUACAGCUUCUGCCUCAUUUAUUGUGAAUCCAUUAACCAAAGCCAUUGAAUUGCAUUUUGAGGGUCCGCCUUUUGUUAUCCUUUUGAGCUUUUGAUGCUCCGAGAAGUUUCACCCAGAAGUCUUAAAUAUUCCUCCAUGUCAAGCAAUGGAAUCCCAGAUCUUUUUAAUUCAUUUCACGCUUUUAUGUUUGAUCUGGAUUGAUGUAUUGGAAUUUGCGUGACAAAUUUUGUAAUCAAUGCAGGCUUAUAUAU